CAUCUCCCUCCCUCUCAAAACGGAUAAUCCUUCAUGGCCUCUACUUCUCUUCUUUCACCGGUCGCCACCGCUGCCGCCAAUUCUAUCACCCACCACUCUCUCCAUCUCCCCUCCAAGCUUCCCUUCCCUAAACUCCUCUCCAAACCCAUUUCCAGAAACAGCAGACUCUCCUCCAGGCUCCACGUGUCCUCCCCAACAGACCAACCCGCCACGACCGCCACCCCCUCCUCCUCCAAGAACCCCAAAGAGGAAACAGUCUUCUUCGACGGAGGAGCCCACCACGGCGACCUCUUAGCCAACCUGCUUCUGGGUUUCACCCUUCUAUGGCUGCCGUUGACUCUAGCUGCUGUUUCGAGGGCUUUCUUCCUGAGGUACCGGUUCACCAACCUAAGGGUGACGGUUAUUUCGGGCCUGACGGGCGAGGAUAGAAGCGACUUCUCGUACAAGGUGAUUAAGGACGUGCAGGUGGUGCCGAGGUUCAUAGGUGAGUGGGGUGAUGUUAUCAUAACCUUGACGGACGGGACAAAGGUUGAUCUUAGGAGCGUGCCUAGGUUCCGAGAGAUUGCAAAGUACUGCCUGUCCAGAGCGGAGAAACCUGUUGUUUUGAAGGAAACUGGAGCUAAAGGGUUUUAGGCGUGUAAGUUGUGUGUUUUUACUGUGAAUUUUUUUAUAUACAAUGUUGGUGUCACAUUUUAUAGUUUUACUGG